AUGCUGCAGAGCACUCUGACUCGGCUGGUACUUACUUCAUGCAAUGACUCGUCAGAUACUCUUCGAGAUCUGGGCGGCUUGGCCUCGGUGAUUCUUCUACUUUCUGCUUUACUUUUCAAAGUACUAUAUGUGCCGGUGACAGCUUCCCCCCGAAAAGGUCAUUCCCCUCCGAGCUUGCAACUGCCAAGCUGGAAGGUCUCCCAAUUCUUCUUUGAGAAGAGAUUUGAUUUCAUCAAAGAUGGCUUCAGGGCUACCUCGUCAGCCAUCUACCAGACCAGGCUAUUCCGACAUAACGCCAUUGUUCUGUCAGGGGAUGAAGGUCGACAGAUCUUCUUCAAGGAGAAAGGUCUCUGCUUAUAUGAUACGUUUUCAAUCAUGAUGGGCAGUAGCGCUGCUCAAUUUGACCCUCACCAAGUCGACGGCGUAGUCCGACGAAUGGCUUCGAUUCAACGACCUGAGAACCUCCAGAAAUUGCUUCCAUUGAUCUUGUCGGAAUGCCAGCGCAAGAUGGACGAAUGGGGCAGCGAGCGUAUUCUCGACCCCUGUUCUUCCCUUCACGAGGUCACUUUUCAACUGGUCAUGCGCAUUGCUUCCUUUGAUAUUGCCAAUGAUCCGGUGCUUUCAGCGCGUCUCAAGUCACUUGUCGACACUGUCGACUCUUUCACUAACCCAUACUCCACUUGGCUCCCUUGGCUACCUGGCCCGGCCUUGUUCCGCAAGUUCUUUGCUUCUGUUCAAAUUUACAGAAUUGUGCAAGCGGGAAUCAACGCCAGGAAGAGGAGCGGGGUCAAGGACGAUAUGCUGCAGCAGAUGCUUGAUGAUGGAGAUAGCACGAUUCGAAUCUUUGGGUGCAUGCUAGGGCUAUCGUUAGCUGGAGCUCGUGCUACUGGAACAAUUGUUACAUGGCUGAUCAUGCACAUCUCCUCGGACCCAACUUGGUCUUCGAAUGUGCAAGAGGAGAUUAAGACCUUUAUAUCCACUCACACAUCCCCAUCCGCCUCUCUCUCUGGGGACGCCCUCACCCAAGCCCUCUCGGAAAUCCCACUCACAGCUUGGGAAUCCCAAACACCUAAUCUCGACCUCUGUAUACGUGAAACAUUGCGGACCUCACAGCCAUAUACAGCAGUGCGAAAGAACACCGGUCCAGAUAUUACCGUCGGCCCAUACGUUAUCCCCACCGGAUUCCUCGUUGUAUAUCCAUUUUCGGAUACAGCACUCAAGUCAAAGUACUACACUGACUCAACUCGCUGGAAUCCGUCUCGGGUGAUUGGCAAAGAAACACCGUUUAUUGGCUGGGGUGGGGGGAAACACGCUUGCAAAGGCCAGCGACUUGCUACGUUGACCUUGAAACUGGUGGUUGUUCAAGCUUUGAUGCGGUUUGAUAUUACGAUGGUUGAUGGGCAGGGCAAACAGAUGAAUCGUCUUCCUCUUCCUGACUGGAAUGACUCUGCUACUUGUCAACCACAGGAGAAAUGCGGAAUCAAGUUUGUUGCAAAGUAG